ACAAGUAGGCUCGGCAUGGCUCAGAACAGCCCAGCAUGGUUUGCCACGCAUAGGCACGGCCCGGCACGGUUCGGCACCGCUCUGCAGCCCUGCCGAAGCCCGGCGAGCCGCACAGACGCCUUCGCGUCGCCUCCCCGCUGUGCCAGGUUGCCACGGCCGUUAAGGUCGGUCGACGCGGCCGCCAUUACGCGACCGCCCCCGAGGGGAGGAGCGCGGCGGCGAAGGGCGUGCGCGGCCGUUGAUGGCGGCCGGGAGGCCAUGAGGCGGCGGCUGCUGGCGGGGCUGGUGGUGCUGGAGGCGGCCGCGCUGGGCGGCGUCCUCCUGCUCUACCGCGCCAUGGACAUCAGCCAAGAUUUCAGAUACACAAUGCAGAAGAGGUUUCCAUCAAUUCUGGAAGUUUAUUACAAAUCUAAUGAGUGGUCUGGAAUUCAUGGCAUAAAGGAGAAUGACCAAAUGGCAUGGUUAAGCAACAAAAACUAAAAUCCUUUGUGCCUGAACUGUUUCUUCCUUUUGAUGAUGCUUUUCACAUCUCUGUUGUGGAGCCACCUGUCACGCUCUACUUCCCACUUGAUCUGUUUGACAUCUGUAAGAGGGAAGGUGAGAAGUGAGAAGCUGAUGGAUACUUCUGUACAUUAUGUGGAAUAUGGAUAAAUCACGAAGAACUUAAAACUUGACUACUAUAUCUAUACAUGUUAAUAAAGUGCAAAUUUCUGGAUUUGA